GCUGCCCUGCGACGCACAGAUGUCAUUCUGGAAGUAGGCCCGGGAACUGGUAACCUGACAGUAAAGAUGUUAGAGAAAGUCAAAAAAGUAAGUUAUUGCUUGUGAAAUUGACCCUAGACUUGUUGGUGAGCUUCAGAAGAGAGUCCAGGGCACGUGUCUGGCAAACAAACUGGAAAUCAAGGUUGGAGAUAUCCUGAAGACAGACUUACCAUUUUUUGAUGCAUGUGUGGCUAACUUGCCUUACCAGAUUUCUUCACCUUUUGUUUUCAAGUUGUUGCUUCAUAGACCUUUUUUUCAGGUGUGCAAUACUUAUGUUUCAAAGGGAAUUUGCACUUCGUCUGGUUGCAAAACCAGGAACUAAACUAUACUGCAGACUCUCUAUUAAUACUCAGUUACUAGCUCGAGUCGACCAUCUGAUGAAGGUUGGAAAGAACAACUUCAGGCCUCCUCCCAAAGUUGAAUCCAGUGUUGUCAGAAUAGAGCCAAAGAACCCACCACCACCUAUCAACUUUCAGGAGUGGGAUGGUCUGGUAAGGAUAGCCUUUGUUAGGAAAAACAAGACACUCUCUGCAGCAUUUAAGUCAAGUGCUGUAGAGCAGUUGCUGGACCAUAAUUACCGAAUUCAUUGUUCCUUACAUAAUACAGAAAUACCCGAAAACUUCAAAAUUGCACAGAAAAUACAGACAGUCCUAAAAAAUACAGGUUACUCUGAAAAACGAGCUCGUUCAAUGGAUAUAGAUGAUUUCAUUAGACUGCUGCAUGGCUUCAAUUCAGAAGGCAUCCAUUUCUCAUAGAUUCCACUAGAAGAAUGAAAGGUGUUUUGUAUUUUGUCACCAAAGUCUUACCUAAGCCAGAGUGGCUGCAAUGGGACAAGUUCUCACAAAAGCAAUGAGCAGAAUGCAGCAUACGUACUCUGGUUCUUACUGAAACCUUAUAUGCAAUUUUAUCACAGAUAGCUGCUGCUCUGUAUUUUAAGUGAUAACUUCUUUCACAACUGAAGUGCUGGACUUCCAUAUCUCAGUGUAUUUUUAAAUAUACCAAAUAACAUGGACUGAUACGGUCAUAAUUGAAAUCUAUGAUUGUUCUCUGAUCAUGGACUUCACCUCAGUAUAUUCUUACACAUAUAUUCAGUACAACCCAGAAAUUUGGUCUGGGCAACAAAAGUUGUAGUCAUUCCAUUUAUCUGGGAUUUUUGUUUGUAUGAAAGAGUAUUUAAAUGCUUUUGAUUUGAAUUGUCUGUCUCUUCCAUUUGUCCUCUGGUAGCUACCCACAUUCCAAGUCUGUUAAUAAUCUGCUGCUCUUGGAGAAAUCCCAGUAACUGUUUCUCAGUAACAAGAGCACUUAUCUUGAGGGCUUGGUAUAACAUACAAAACCACUGAGGCACCUGAAACUACCAGUGUAAUUUCCUUUAACCCCUAUUUACUGUCAUCAGACCACUGUAGGAACCAGCAGAAAACUCCCAAAGGGCUGCCACUCAUAAGCAGAGACAGAAGGGGUUUUUCUGUCAACUGUAAAUUCAGGCAGCUGUUUUUACAAGAAAACAUCACCCUUCAAGGCAAGAACAAAUCUGAGCAUAGAUCAAAGCUUUCAGUGAGUUUUAGAGCACUGCAUGCCUGUGUCCUGACAGAAGUGUCUUAAUAUAGUUUAGAUUAUGUAUGUUUGUUAUUAAGGACAAGGCAGAGUUUUCCCAAGGAGGCUUGCAUUAACUCUGCAUAGCAGCUGUCAAAAGAAAAAUCCACUUUGGUCUGUCUUCUGAUUCAGGAAAACAGGUAACUAUUAACUAACUGUAGCAUCAUGCAAGGGUGAAGGCAUGACUCUCUAUUAACUACCCUAAGUAAUUUUUUCCAUAUAUAGCAUAUUACUUUCAGUAAGACCACAGUAAAUGGAGAUGAUGGCAGAAAAAGAAAAAACUCCUCUAUAACUUCAUUUUCUAUAUAUCCAGCAUCAAGUCUUCUAAAAGUCAUAGAUUUAGAAGCAUGUACAGAAAUAUGCACUUGAAUUUGCAGGCAUUGAGAGCUUGUUUGGGAAACUGGGUUGCUCAGUUAUUUUAUAAUUUAAUAAUUCCAGUGCUGUUUCACUGUAUGUAGAACCAAUUUAUGAGUGAGGUAAGUAGCCACAGCGAUAUGCUCAGACUAUUACAGAAGGAGCAGGUGCUGGAGUUCUGUGUCACAGUCACACUUCCUCAAUGCUUUUGUUUUACCAGACAGGAAUCAGGAGAAGCUUGUCUUGAGUCCUGUUCAAGUUAUUCCAGUCCAUCACAACAAUGGGCUACAGGAAUUCCAGUGCUGUAACCAGCUGUAGCAGUUUUAUUUUGAUUCUCACUCCUUCACUCUCUGUAGACCUGACCUUUACAGGGGGCUUUGCCACAAAGACUCUCUUAACAGUCUCCCCACAGUAGACAAUUCCAGUUUGCAUCUGCUACCUGACAGACACAUCAUUUACAAGGCUUAGUAAAAAGCUGCUGAAAUACUACUGCCUCUGUCCUCUUUGGCACCCGCUGUAAACCACAACCUGGUUGUUGCUCUAGGCUUUUAUGUAGGAAGAGUAGGGAGGCCACUGUUUUGCAGGUAGGAUGUCUCAGUCAUCAGAGGCUUUUUAGAAACAAAGAUUUCUCUAGAGCAGCUUCAGAGAAAUCCUCUGGUAUUCUACAAUAACCUGUACUACCACCUGCUAACAAAUGCUGCUGUCUUCUGUUUCAUUCAUUUUUUCUUUUUAACUGAUGGAUGACAGUCUGGAACAAAGGCUCAGAAAGAUGUCAUGUUUCUUUACAAAGACCUGCUGCAAAACUAAAGUCAGGACAAGUGCUCUGGGGAACCUACAUGACAGAAGUAAAUACUCAUUCGGAAAACAGAAACCUUUUCAAAAGCGUAACGCUGGUGUGCUUACAAAGUGAAACCCUUCCCAGAGCACAACAGAGCUUUCAUAGAUGCAACUUCUCAUCUGUAAUUCAUUUAAUAGCUUUAUUUAUUAAACACAUUAUGUAAAAUCUACAUUGUUGUUUCAGUUUUCAUGUUUACACACAGGAGGAUUUUUAACCAUGAUGCGACAACAGCUUCCCAUAGCCUACCUUCCUAUGGGAGAAACAAACAUUAAACACCACAAGAAUUCUGGGCUCAUUUAACUCUCUUUUCAUUGCCUUCCCUUUAUUUCCCUCCAGGCCUGGCACAAACAAACAGGCUUGUAUUCUAAAAGUAAUUUUUGAACAGUUCCAAGGGAAAGUCUUCUGAUAGGAACUCCUGGAAACAGGGAGAACUCCUAGAGAGGUCUACAAGUCUUCAUUUGACAACAAGUUCUUACAUGAAAAGUCAGUCUUUUCUGGAUAUUAACUUGCAAAAAUAACUUGAGUGCCACCACCUAAAAAGUGCUGAUACACAUGACACCAUUUGUGAAAAUUCAGGUAUUUAUGGGAUUUCUAUUAAUGCUAGGUAGAAAUAUUGUGCAAAAUCCUCAAAUGAUGCAAUUUCACCCACUUCUCAGGUGCUGGCAUUGUACAAAGGGAAAAAUAGGUAUUAGCUACUUUUUUUUAAAAGCAACAGAGCUACUUAAACUACCUGCAAGCUACUGUUAAUGUACAUGUAAGUGUGUCAUGCAUCAAAAGCCAAAUUU